AAUUUAUUUAUUAGGGUUCGAGGAAUUGAACAGCCAUUACAAUCUACACAGCUCUUCAUCCCUCUUUUCUCUGUACCCUCAACAGUUCCAAGCUGAAAUGGCGACCGAACAAGCUAAGCCAGCUACAGACGAAGUAAAGAUGGAUCUGUUUGAAGAUGAUGAUGAAUUUGAGGAGUUUGAAAUCGGUCAAGAGUGGGGGGACAAAGAGGAAGGUAAAGAAGUAGCUCAGCAAUGGGAAGAUGACUGGGAUGAUGAUGAUGUCACUGAUGAUUUCUCCCUGCAGCUGAGGAGGGAAUUGGACAGCAAUGCUGAGAAGAAAUAGGGCAAAACUUGAGUUGUCUGCUGUAUGUUUUGGAUAUAUAACUCUGAUUUCAAACUCUAGUAUAAUGACUUGCCAUCUUCUUGCUUCUGAAUAUCUUUAAUUGGGCAAUAUCACCUUCAUCUUUAUAGUUCGAACAAUGAAAAUACACAUGUUGUCAGUGAUUUGGUUAUAUUGUGCGAUUCAGUUCUGAUUACAAAAAUUCUUAAA